AUGACUUCUGCGGUAGAUUCUACCGCAAUUAUUGAUGAUGAAUCAACGUCUAAUACUUUAAAACGACGUCGUUCAUCAAAUAUAAUUCAAAAUGAUUCAGACAUUGAACAACAAACGCCGUUAAAACGCGUUCGUACUUUAUCAUCAAUGAAUAAUUCUAUAUCUGAUAAUAAUAAUAUUCAAUCAAUGUUUAUUUGUCUUAAUGAUAUUGUUCAAUCACAUCGUAAUCUCGUUCAUGAAUAUGUUAAUUUACAAAUGUGUGAUCGAUCAAAUUUAUCAUUAGAUGAACAACGUUUUAUUCAAGCUGAAGAAGAUCUUAUUGAAAAAGUUGAAAAAAAUUUACAUGAUAUUAAUAAUACAUCAUCAUCAACACCACCAUCAUCAUCAUCAUCACGUUGUGGUAAACGUCCACGAUAUCAAUCAAUAAAUUCUUCAAAUCAAUCAUUUGAUCGUAUUAAACAUGAAGCACAUAUAUUAAAACGUAUUGAUGAAUUAAAAUCUGAUGGUAAAUGGACAAAUCAACGUUUAGCUAAAUGUAUAGAACCUAAAAAACGUAAAACACAUUGGGAUUAUUUAUUAGAUGAAAUGUGUUGGUUAGCUGAAGAUUUUCUACUUGAAAAACGUUGGAAACAAGAAAUGGCUAAAAAACUUUCUUUAGCUGUUUUAAAAUAUUUUCGAGAUAAAAAUUAUUUAGAAAAUCAAAAACAACAUAAUGAAUAUAAACGUCAACGUAAACAAGCACAAUUUAUAUGUAAAGAAGUAAUGAAUUUUUGGAAAAAUAUAAAUAAAUUAGCUGAAUAUAAACAAACAACACGUAUAGAAGAAUUACGUAAACAUCAAUUAGAUUUACAUUUAAAUUUAAUUAUUAAUGAAACAGAAAAAUAUUCAAAUUGGCUUGUUAAAUCUUUACAAACAACAAAUCAAAAUCAAAUAAAUAAUAAUAUUGAUAAUGAUGAAGAAUAUCAUAUUAAUGAUGAUGAUGAUAAUGAUGAUAAUGAAGAAACAAUUGAAUAUGAAGAACAAUAUGAAAAAGAUGAAUAUGAUUUAAAUGAACUUAAAGAACUUCAAGCUGAUCAAGAUGAAUCAAUUGAUAUUUUAUUAAAACGUCAUUAUGGUAUUGAUAUAUUAAAUUCAUCAAGUGAAAAAGAAAAUAAUUUACCACAUGAACAUGAAGAAAAUUUAAGUGAUAGUGAUACAAAUGAAAAUUUAGAUGAAGAAUCAACAUUAAAUGAAUUAAAUGAAAAUAAUUUAAUUAAUAAAGAUUUAUUAGAUAAUAAUCAAAUAAUAACAACUGAUAAACAAAUGAAUGAUUUAGCAACAACAGUUCAAUUAUUUCAACCAACUGGAUUUACACUUAAUACAACAACAGUUAAAACACCGGUGCCUUUUUUACUUAAACAUUCAUUACGAGAGUAUCAACAUGUUGGUCUUGACUGGCUUGUUACAUUAUAUGAAAAUAAACUUAAUUGUAUAUUAGCUGAUGAAAUGGGUUUAGGUAAAACUAUCCAAACAAUUGCUUUACUUGCACAUUUAGCUUGUGAAAAAGGUGUUUGGGGUCCACAUUUAAUUGUUGUUCCAACAAGUGUUAUGCUUAAUUGGGAAUUAGAAUUUAAAAAAUGGUGUCCAGCAUUUAAAAUUUUAACAUAUUAUGGUACAAUAAAAGAACGUCAAUUAAAACGUCAAGGUUGGACAAAAAUGAAUGCAUUUCAUAUAUGUAUAACAUCAUAUAAUCUUAUAUUACAAGAUGUUAAAUUAUUUCGUCGUAAAAAAUGGAAAUAUUUAAUAUUAGAUGAAGCACAUCAUAUAAAAAAUUUUAAAUCACAACGUUGGCAAAAAUUAUUAAAUUUUCAUUCUCAACAUCGUUUAUUAUUAACAGGUACACCAUUACAAAAUUCAUUAAUGGAAUUAUGGUCAUUAAUGCAUUUUUUAAUGCCAAAUAUAUUUUCAUCACAUGAAAAUUUUCGUCAAUGGUUUUCAAAUCCAUUAAACGAAAUGAUUGAACAAGAACAAAUACAAACAAAUGAUUUAUUAAUAAAACGUUUACAUAAAAUUUUACGUCCAUUUAUAUUACGUCGUUUAAAAAUUGAUGUUGAAAAACAAAUACCAAAAAAAUUUGAACACAUUAUUAUGUGUAAUUUAUCUAAACGACAACGACAAUUAUAUGAUGAUUUUAUUCAAUGUAAAACAACACGUGAUAUUAUACAACAAGGAAAUUAUAUGUCUGUUAUUAAUAUACUUAUGCAAUUAAGAAAAGUUUGUAAUCAUCCAGAUUUAUUUGAAACUCGAUCAAUUAUUUCACCAUUUAUUUUUCAAAAUAAUUUAAUUGAAUAUCAAAUACCUAAAUUAAUUUUUGAUAUUAAUUUAAAAAAUCCAUAUGUAUUAUAUAAUACACAACCAAAUGAUACAUUUUUUUCUUAUCGAAUUAAAUUAACUUUACAAGCAACAAAAUCUAUGAUUAUGAAUAUAAUUAAUUGUAAUAAUAAUAAUAAUAAUAAUGAUGAUGAUGAUGAUAAACGACAACGAAUUCCAUUAACAACAAGUAUUAUUGAACGAUAUAGAAAUACUUCUAUAUGGUAUCAAUCCAAUGAAACAACAACAAAAAAUCUUCGAAAUCAUUCCGAAAUCAAUCAAAAUCUAUUAACAGAUUUCAAUGAUCAUAAAUUUCAAUCAGAAAAUAUUUAUCAUGAAAUUUGUAAACAACGUCAACAAGAACGUUUAUCUCGUUAUGAAUUACUAUGUCAAAUCAAUGCAGAUCGUUGUCAAUCUCUUCCGUUAUAUGGUCAUGACUUUCUUUCACAAAUUGAAUUAAUUAUGCGUCCAUGUCAUCGCUUAAAUCGAACAACAUUUAGUGGAUAUGCAUUAUGUCAAUAUGUACAUGAAUCAUUAACUACAACUCAAGAUUAUAUGUCAACAACAGAUACUCUACGAAAGUUAAUUAAAACAAAUCGAGAAAUAUUAGACGAAUAUCGAGACAUACUCAAUCGAUUUAUAAUAUGUACGAAACGUGUAUUAGCAUCACCUAUUGAAUUAUUUCAAACAAAUGGAAUUCGUUUAACAAAUAAAAUAAAUCAACAAAAACCAUUAAUUGAAGUUUUAUCAUCAAUUGAUUUUGAUAUAUUUUCACCAAUAAGACAAAAUAUGUUUUUACAAUUUCCUGAACGAAGACUUAUACAAUAUGAUUGUGGUAAAUUACAAACACUUGAUUUACUUUUAUCAGAUUUAAAACAUAAUAAACAUCGUUGUUUAAUAUUUACACAAAUGACUAAAAUGCUUGAUAUACUUGAAUUAUUUUUAAAUUAUCAUAAUUAUACAUAUGUACGAUUAGAUGGUACAACAGAUGUUCUUCAACGACAUAUAUUAAUGGAACGUUUUAAUAGUGAUGAAAAAAUUUUUGUUUUUCUUUUAUCAACACGUGCUGGAGGAAUUGGUAUUAAUUUAACCGGUGCUGAUACUGUGAUUUUUUAUGAUUCAGAUUGGAAUCCUACAAUGGAUGCUCAAGCACAAGAUCGAUGUCAUCGAAUUGGACAAACAAAAGAUGUACACAUUUAUAGGCUUAUUUGUAAGAGUACAAUUGAAGAAAAUAUUUUGAAAAAAGCAAAUCAAAAACGUUUACUUGGUGAUUUAACAAUUGAUGGUGGUAGUUUUGAUGUAAAUUAUUUCAAAAAGAAUAAUAUUCGUGAAUUAUUUGAUCCAUCAACAACAGUAGAAGAUAUUGUACGUGAACGAAAUGGAUAUCAAGAACGAUUAGAUUCAAAUCGUACAACAACAACAACAACUAUGAUAGAUAAUAAUUUAACAACAACAGAAUUUGAAGAAGCUCUUGCUUCAGUUGAAGAUGAAAUAGAUCGUCAAGCUGCAAAUGAAUUAAAUAAAGAAGUUCAAGCUGAAUUAACUGAAUUUAAUGAAGAUGAAAUAAAUCAUCUACAUGAAGAUCAAUUAAUUGAAAAACAAAAACAAAAAAUGAAGACAAUUGAAGAAAAUUUAAAAACAUUUGAUGAACAACUUCGACCAAUCGAACGAUAUGCUUUACGUUAUAUUGAAGCCAAUCGUGAUGAUCAUCAAACUUCUCAAUCUAAUUUAAAUAUAUAUCUUGACACAGAACAAAUUCGAAAAGAUUGGCAAUUAUCACGUUUAAAAGCUUUGAAAGAACAAGAAGAAAAACAAUUUGAACAAGAAGAUGAUGAAAUGAUGUAUACAUAUAUACGAGACAAUGAACAAAAGGUCAAAUAUAACUAUACAUAUUCAUGUGCACGAUAUAGUUUGGUAGCGAAUGAAUUAGCACGUUAUGAGAAAUAUUCUACAGUUCAUGAUGUUAAUCAUACAUCUUUUUCUUCUCCUAUACCAUUAUUAUCAGUUCCUCUUUCUAUAUCUCCAUCCUCUCGUUUAUCUCCGCCUCCUCUAUCUCCUGGAAUUAUCAAACGUUCAUUCAAAUCUAUUAAUACUUUUCCCAAAACAUCUAAUGACAAUAUCCAACGACGUCGCCAUUUACAAAUUAUUCCAUCUCCACCUCCAUCACCUUUACCAUUCACUAAUAAACCAAUACAAUCUCGUAUAAAAGAAACUCAACAUAAUAGUAAAAAUGCUGAUUGUAUUAAUUUCAUAGCUUUUCUUAAUAGUGAUGAUGAUGAUGAUGAUGAUGAUGGUGAUGAUGAUUUACAUAAUAAUUCUAAUAAUAGUACUUCGAAUCAUUCAAAAAGAAUCUAUUUAUCAAAACCUAAAGCAACAAUAUCAACAUUAACACAUUUAUCACCAAUUCUAUCUCGUAAAAAAUCACCAUUAAUUACGAAUACAAAAUCUGGUGUUGAACGAAAAGUUCAUUUUAGUAAUUCAUUACCACAUUAA